AUGUCUUUCCAUUUCCCUCCCCUCACGCCCGUGAAACGAGUGGCUGCUUCUGCGGGCCUAGGACCCAUCCUAGGGGCCUUCAAAGACGACGGCGUCGUAGUCAUCGAGGGUUUCUUCACCCCGGAGCAGGUGAACGAGCUCAACGAUGACCUGACUCCGCCGCUCGAGAAGGUCAAAAAUGGGCCCUCUCUCAAAGACCCCGAAAUCGCGCGCUACCACGGCUCUAACACCAAGCGGAUGUCAAACAUGUCCACCCACAGUAGGGUCUUCCGCACGCAGACGCUUGACAAUGACCUGCUGCAUGAUAUCUGCACGGCAAUCUUCGCCAAGGACUCUGGGGAUUACUGGCUGAACACCGCCCUGGUGAUUGAUAUUGGCCCGGGGAACAAGGCGCAGCCACUGCACCGCGACGAAGAGCAACAUCCCGUCUUCCGCACCGUCGGCCCCGGGGGUAUCGAGGCCGGUGUUAACUUCUUCAUCGCACUCACCCGGUUCACUGACGAGAAUGGCGCCACGCGGAUGAUUCCAGGGAGUCACAAGUGGCCGAAGGAUGCGACCCGCACCGACGGCCUGGAGAUUGAAGCUCCUCAUGGGACUCUCCCCGUGGAGAUGAACGCUGGCGACGUCGCGUUGUUCAGUGGACGGAACAUUCACGGCGGAGGCGCCAACCGCACCCGGGAUGAACGUCGGCGCGGGGUGGCCAUGAGUAUCCAAGCUUCUUACCUCACACCCGAAGAAGCUCACACCUUGCUGGUGCCGUUGGACAAGGUUCGCGAGAUGAGUCCCCGCGCGCAGAAGAUGCUUGGCUUCCGCUCCCAAUUCCCCAAAGAUACGCCAGGCAUCUGGAUGAGUGACAUGAGGGAGAUCGCCGAGGUGCUCGGCUUGGAGAGAGAUGCGAAUAGCAAGACGGACUACUAGGGUGGUUGACUGCCUGGAGAG